AUGGAAGAGGAGGAUGGUGUUACGGACGGGCUGAACAAGCAAAUCCUCAUCCAGUUUGUGAACCACGAGAACAAGUCAACAGGCCCAGUAAUCAACGUGCCCCUGAGCAUAACGAAGGAAAACUUGGACCAACUGAUAAACGAUUUGAACGCAAAAAAUGAGAAUUUUACUCAAGACGAUGACGAACAACAGAAUAUGAGCUAUUCCUUUAUGGUUAAUGACAAAUUGGCCAUAAAAAAUAACUUGUAUGAUACGAUAAAGGAUAAUACGAUAAGUAGUGAAGAUAUUUUACGUAUAAAAUAUUUCCCUUUAAAUAUUUUUAAAAUUAAGAAAAUUACGACGUGCAAUUCUACCUUACCUGGUCAUACGAAUUCAAUUCUAUGCUUAGCAUUCAGUCCUAAUAGCUCCCACCUGGCUACCGGCGCAGGGGACAACACAGUUCGCUUGUGGGAUAUCAACACAAAAACACCAAUAGUAACGUUAAAGGAUCACACAAAUUGGGUCUUAUCUGUUUUGUUUUCCCCAGAUAAUCAAUUCCUAGCUACAGCGGGGAUGGACCAAAAUGUCUUUAUAUACGAAACGCACACGGGAAAAUUAGUAAAUAAAUUAACUGGACAUAAGAAGGAAGUAACCACGUUAUGCUUUGAGCCACUCCACUUGCUCAGCAAAGAAUCCAUACAGAGAAGUGCGUCUGACAUCAAGAAGAGGAAAAAAGAAAACGAAACGGAUAAAGAUACAAGGAAUGGGGCAAAAAAGGCAAAAUCCGACGCAGGAACAGAAUUGGGCACCUCUUCUGGUGGUCCCCCAAAUGGAGAGAACGAAGCGCCAAGUACAGAAGCGAAAGAAAAUAAAAGCAAAAAGGGGGGCGAAACUAAGCUAAAGGGUGACCAAUACGAACCAAAUAGUGACAACACGGAAGGAGCCCCCCCCAAAAGUACCUACUUCCUAAAAUGCAGACUUGCCAGCGCAGGCAAAGAUGGCUGCAUCAGAAUCAGCAACGUCCUAAGCAACUCCGUGGAGAAAGUCCUGACCGGACACACAAACACAAUCACGUGCAUACUGUGGUCUGGUUCAGACGAGCAAAAUAGCAGAAUUUACAGCAGCUCCAGAGACACCACCAUUAAAGUAUGGAACCCAAACGAAGGCACGCUCCUUCACAAUUUCAAGGGACACAAACACUGGGUUAAUUGCCUAUCCAUAAACACAGAACGGAUUAUAAAAAAUGGCAUUUACAACCUCGACGUUAUCAUUAACAAAAUACACAUAGAAAAUCAUAUCGAAAAAUCGAAAAAAAUUUUCAAAAAUUUUUUCCAAAGCGUAAAGAAUGAAAAACUAGUAAGUGGAUCCGACGAUGGGACCCUCUACCUUAUUGACUGUCUACCAAAUGAUGAGUUCAAACCUAUCAGAUUAAUAGGUCACCAGAAGACAGUUAUUCAUGCACAGUUUUCUCCAGAUGGGAAAUUCAUUGCUUCAUGUUCGUUCGAUAAUACAGUUAGAGUUUGGUCCGGAAGUGAUGGCCAAUUUUUAACUGUCUAUCGUGGUCAUGUCGGACCCGUCUACAAAGUCGUGUGGUCCAUCGAUAACAAUUAUGUUGUUUCUUGUAGCCAAGAUAGCACCUUGAAAUUGUGGAAGGUCAGUCACCUCCUUUCCCAGUUAAAAAACAAAAAGGUAACCCCCCCAGCUGAAGAAGAUGCAACUCCAUCAACUAAUGGGACUUCCAACGAGCAGGAAGGAAAAAGCGAUUCAAAGGAACAAAAUGGAAAGGACUGCCGUAACGGGAAAAACACCAAAAAGGUGAAAACACUUCUUGUGGACCUCCCUGGCCACUCAGACGCUGUCUACGCUAUCGACUGGUCCAACGACGGCAAGUAUGUUGCCUCCGGGGGGAAAGACAAGCUUCUAAAGAUAUGGUCCUACUGA